AUGUAUCGGUCCCUGAUUCUGCUCUCUGCCUUGGCGGCCGUUUCUCUGGCUCAAAACUCAAAUAACCAACCUGGUUACCUGCCCGACUAUCAAGGAGACAAAUACACGAAUCCGCAGAGAAUUAAGGACACCCAAGCCCUAAACAAGAAAUUCUUCGACUCGAUCGGCGGCGCCCCACCCGCCCCACCACAGACCCCGGCACAGCAGGGCAUGAAUAAUACCUCUUCCCAGCAGGGCUACAGCCAGCAACAAAACACGAAUAAUCAGCAGUACAGCCAGGGACAGCAGUACAAUCAGCAGUCAACUACCACCGCUCAGCCUGGGUAUAACCGAAUGUACAACCCGAGCAACAGCAACAGCAACAACUACCAACAACCGCAGCAGUACGGCGCAACUUCUGGCUACCAGCAGAACAACAUGGGCUACGGGCAGCAACAGCAGUACGGAACUACUCAGGGCUACUACCAGAACCAAAACCAGGGCUACGGGCAGCAACAACAAUACGGCACGACUCAGGGCUACCAGCAGAACCAAAACCAGGGUUACGGGCAGCAACAGCAGUACGGUACCACACAAGGUUAUCAGCAGAAUUACCAAAACAACGGCUACCAGCAGCAACAGACGACGACACAGGGCUAUGGACAACAGAUGGACCAGAGCCAAAUGCAGCAGCAAUGCCAGCCUGUAUGCCAGCAGAUGAGCCAGAACCAGCAACAGCAACAGCAGCAGCAGCAGCAGCAGAACAGCAACGCCUACAGCCAACAGUACGGUAACUCGGCGCAGGCCGACUGUCAACAGUACUGCGCCGGAUAUCAGGAUGGACAGGCCUCCUCCCAGCAAUAUGGACGA